CCUGACUGUGUGAAGCUUUGUAUCUUCAGGGGCAGGUAAAAGUGGUUCGACCACUUUCUAGCGCUUUAUUUCAGCAAAUAGCAAAAAGUCAGCUUUGCAACUUCAGAUCUGAAAAUGAUUUUCUCAUAAAAUGUCUCAUUGCUGGUGUGCACUGAACCCCAGACCUGACAUCAACAUGCAAAAUCAGGGUGACACUAUUAAACCGAGACCUUAUUGCUCUAACUGUGUCAAGGUUCUGUUUAGUUUCUGCUCGUGUGUUGUUGUCAGGGUUCAUUUUCAGUGUGUUUGUGCAACAAACACAAACACACCCUGGCUUGGGCACGAAAGUGUGUUUCAUUUAAACAUUUUGUGGGCUUAAAAGGUAAUUAUGGGGAUUACAGAGACUUAACACAGACCCCAACCUGCACCUCAAGCCCUUACCCUUACUCUGUCCCUCCUCUGAGGAUCAGUCCUCUCAGCUGACUCAGCUUUUCCCAGUAUUGUGAGGGGGCUUCUAAAACUCCUUUGUAAGCGGUCACACGCAAAAAAAUUCAAAAAGACCCAAGAGAAAUAUAGGUCUUUUGAACAAGACAAAGGGACAAACGGAGAUACUUCGAUGACUGGACACUGACUCCUUAGCUGGGAAUUGUACUGUUUUCUGACUCCUUUUUUUUUUGCAUGUGGAUUAUGUUGUUGGAUGUGCGGCAAAAAGAGUGGGAAGUGCUGGAGGAGUGAAGGCCAAAGGCUUUCGCAGCUACAGCGGAGGUUUACAGUCUGUGCAAAAUGAACAAUGAAAGGAAAGCUCUUUACCAAAGUCCCUCUUCUUCCCCAAGGAGACUGAAGAUGUCUGAUCUGAGCCAAGUUGCAGUAUACUCAGACUCCUCGGACAUUUAUAAGAAUGUGUUCUGCAACCCUGCUUUUGAGUUGGAGGGAGAGAGGGAGGAUAGGGUGGAGGGAUUCCGGACAUCUUCCUCCACCCCUGAACCAGUCAAGCCACCAGCAGCAAGCCUGGGUCGUGGUCUUUUGAGGUUGCAUUUGAUGCGUCUCCGGUGUCCAGGUGGAUGGGGGCUGGUGGUGGUCUCUGCUGCUGUCCUGCUUCUGCUAGCAGCCGUUGCACUGGCCCUGGCCCUCAUCAUCAUACAGAUUAAAGGCCAGGACAUGAAGAAUCAGCUGUUGCCCACAAACACCCCCAGCCGGCAGAGUUCAGGAACUGAACCAUCCAAAGCUUUUCCAACAGUCCCUACCAACAGAAGAGGACUACACAGCGUGGCCACACCGUAUUCCACAAACAUCCCCCCACCCGAAACAAGAUGUGGAGGGGUUAUGACUGACACGGAGGGCAGUUUCAGUUCCCCAAACCACCCUUUUUCCUACCCCCCCAACUCGCUGUUCUGCGGCAACGUUGCACCGCCCACGGUCAACACAAACAGUAGCACAGUGUGGGUCACCUUCCGCUCUGACGGCAGCAUCGCAGGCAACGGCUUUGUGGCACAGUACAAAGCCACACUGCCUGGACACAGUCGGGAGCUGUUCCGGAGAAGAGUUCAUGUGCGACGGUGGGCGCUGUUUGCUGCCCGUGUUGGUGUGCGACGGUCGGCCAAACUGCCACGACCAAACCGACGAAGCAAACUGCAGCCACAAACACAAGGCCUGGAAACUCAGGAUGUGUGCGAGUUCGACUACGUGGAGGUGCACGACGGCGCAGACGUCGGAGCCGGGAGCGUUUUGGGGAGGUUUUGUGGUGCCACAUUCCCACCGGACCUGACCUCCUCUGGGCCGAACAUGACAGUGGUGUUUGUCGCUGAUGAGGGAGUGGCCGACAGUGGCUUCAAUGCAACUUACCAAGCUGUUUCUCUACAAGACAGUACGGGACGUGUGGCCCAAACCAGUUUGCCUGCAAGACGGGAGAAUGCCUUCAGCAACAGUGGCUGUGCGACGGGUGGAAUGACUGUCCCGACGGCGCGGAUGAGCACGCCUGUGGCAACUCCACCUAUCCUCCCUUCAGUGCUGAUGGAGCUGGCGUGUUUCAAGCCCCUGCAGAGGUUGGUGUGCGGGAUGUUCCUCCCCCAGUGCAGCCCUCAGGGCGGAGUCCUCCAGCCGUGCCGCUCGGUCUGCUCCUCCGCCGAGCAGCAGUGCAGCCAGGCCCUGGAUCUCUUCUCCUUCAGCUGGCCCUUCAACUGCCACCUUCUGCCAGACUCCCUAAACCCCAUGGAGUGCUCGCAGCCUUGAAACUUGGCAGCAAUGCAAUAAAGUUACUGGCCAGCUCUUACUGACAGAAAACCCACCUCAUCCAAGUUUCUGAACCAGGAAAUCUUCAUUUUUUAAUCAAUUUGUACCAUUUUAAAUCCAGGAAGAUGGGCAGAUUUCUCAAGCAUGAAUUUACAGUUUCAGAUAGAGACUGAAUUGUUUUACCCACGCAGAGAAGUUAAGGCUUCUGUUUGUCGAAGCCCUUUUGUGACCUCAUUCCCUUUCUCUUUCUCUACCUUACUUUUACUUUAGCUGCAAAUGUUC